AUAGCUGAGCCGACCUCAGUCAAGCGACUGUCCAGCGUUGCUCCCUUCCACAUCUGCAUGCCCCUUUCAUCCAGAACUUUUUUUCCUCUUGACACCGUCUAUGGAAAACUCGACCGCCCUGGGGCAAGAUAAAGAAAACCAACCACAGGGGAAAGAAGGGCGGCCAUGGGAUGAAAUGACAGCAGCUGCUUUCCAAGAUCCUGAGCCUGGUUUAUCUAAGACCGCGGAGUCCCAGCAGGCGCCGGAAACUGGACCCCAGUCCAGAAGUAGCCCUCCUAGGAGCCCUCAGCCUCCAGGCAACACACCUCCGGAUGACCUCACAGGAUCAGGUGCAUCACCUCCACCUUCCCCUCUUCAGGAACCCUCUUCCACUCCUUCUCCCCUGGCUCUGGCCAGACAAGACCUUGCGGCGCCAUGGCAGUCAGACAAGAACGCUAGUGUGACUCCUGAAGCUGGGACACCUCACUCAGACUAUUUGGAACCAUCGCCUGAUAAAGGAGACUCGACUCCUCAUCAAACAUGCCAAUCACAGGGAAACGCCUUUCAACAACCUCAGCAGCCCAACAGCCACCUGUAUGGACCGAAGGAUGUGAGCUGUAACAACGCAGAACAAAAAAAGCUGAGGUUUGAUAUUUUUCAGGAGACAGACUCAAACAGUUACGACAAUGCGGGUGAGGCUGAGCCUGGGGCCUCCGAAGCGGCCCCCAGUAUGCUUGAGACGGCCAUUCAGAACGCUAAGGCUUACCUACUGCAGACCAGUAGCAAGUCGGGCUUAAAUCUAUAUGAUCAUCUUUCUAAUAUGCUGACCAAGAUAUUAGAUGAACGUCCUGAAAAUGCUGUGGACAUCAUUGAGAAUAUUAGCCAAGAUGUGAAGAUCGCACAUUUUAGUAAAAAAUUAGAUACACUCCAAAAUGAGAAUGAGAUGCUUCCGACAUAUGAAAUAGCUGAGAUGCAAAAGGCUCUUUUUCUCCAGGGAAAUUUGGAAGGAGCUGACCAAGAACUGGAAGAUGAAAUCGCAGAAAACUCUCUUCCAAAUGUAAUGGAGUCAGCUUUUUAUUUUGACCAAUCUGGAGUUGGUUUGGGCACAGAUGAGACUUAUCGCAUAUUUCUUGCCCUUAAGCAGCUUACUGACACCCACCCAAUCCAAAGAUGCCGUUUCUGGGGCAAGAUCUUUGGUCUGGAAAUGAAUUAUAUUGUAGCUGAAGUGGAAUUUCGUGAGGGAGAAGAUGAGGAGGAGGUAGAAGAGGAAGACGUAACUGAAGAGAGGGACAAUGGAGACAGUGAAGGUGAAGAAGGUGACGAAGAUGAAUUACCAAGGCCCUCUUAUAAGGCCCCACAGGCUAUCCCAAAAGAAGAAAGUAGAGCAGGUGCCAACAAGUAUGUCUACUUUGUCUGCAACGAACCAGGAAGACCAUGGGUGAAGUUACCACCUGUUACACCUGCACAAAUUGUUAUUGCAAGAAAAAUCAAGAAAUUUUUCACUGGGCAAUUGGAUAGCCCCAUCGUAAGUUACCCACCUUUCCCAGGAAAUGAGAGUAAUUACUUACGAGCACAAAUUGCCAGAAUUUCAGCAGGGACCCACGUCAGCCCCCUAGGAUUCUAUCAGUUUGUUGAAGAGGAAGGAGAGGAGGAGGAAGAGGUAGAAGGCGGGCGAGAUAACUUUGAAGAAAACCCGGAUUUUGAAGGCCUCCAAGUGAUUGAUUUAGUGGAAUCCCUAUCCAAUUGGGUUCAUCAUGUACAACAUAUUCUCCCUCAGGGUCGCUGUAAUUGGUACAACCCCAUACAAAAAAGUGAGGAGGAAGAGGAAGAGGAGGAAGAAAAAGAAGAAAAAGAAGAGCCUGACUACAUAGAAGAAGUGGGGCCUCCUCUCUUGACACCAAUCUCUGAAGAUUUAGAGAUCCAGAAUACGCCACCUUGGACAACACGGCUGUCCUCAAAUGUUGUUCCUCAAUACGCAAUCGCUGUUCUGAGGUCCAACCUUUGGCCUGGAGCAUAUGCUUUUUGCAAUGGCAAGAAGUUUGAAAAUCUCUACAUAGGCUGGGGUCAUAAAUAUAGCCCAGAUAGCUAUACACCCCCAGUUCCACCACCAGUUUGUCAAGAAUAUCCCAGUGGACCAGAAAUUACAGAAAUGGAUGACCCUACUGUGGAAGAGGAGCAAGUUUUCAGGGCUGCACAAGAAGCAGCUGUACUUCCGGACGAGGAAGAUGAAGAAACUGAGGAAGGUGAAGAUGAGGAAGAGGAUUAUGACUAAUAAAAAUGAAAUUGGCCCAGUCUUGAGAUUGAUACACGCAUACUCCUUACGUGGGACUGAUUGUAUAUACAAAUUGGCAACUGUUCAUGUGCAAAAUGUCAUUCCUUGAAAAUAUCAAAUUUGGAAUUUCAUAUGUGGAACUGUUAACAUGUGCAUAUAGAAAGAUGCUCAAUGGACAGGGGCUAAAUGAUAGUUCUUACGGCACUGUUCUGAUGGCUACGACUAAUGGAGUAUGCGCUUCUGUGUUGUUUUUUUCCAAGUCUUAGGGUUAAUUUCUAAUAUGGCAAAUGUAGAAAUAUAUAACCCACAAAAGCUUCUUGGGGACUUUAGUAUUUUUUGAGCAUCAAAAGGUAUUGAGGCCAAAAAUGCUGAUAAUGAGAGGGUUUAGAAUUCCAUCACCUGCUCAGACUGUGGGAACCGUCCCAUUUUUAACCCUUGUUACUUCUUAAAGAACUUUCUCAAUGUCUUCUAUCAUCCUACAGAAAUUAGUUUGCUCUGAUAGGGGAAAAGAUUUGCACAGGGAUGGCUGGUUGGGAUAUCCAACUAAUAUUUUUCAAACUAAUAUUUUUCUAUCACUGCUUUACUAAAACUGUAUUUUAUAUUUCACUAAAAUAGUAUUUAAAGUUCCAUAUGUGCCAGGCACCUUGAAGCUACUGACGCAGUUUGCAGAUCACUGAUGUACACUUUGACAGACAUUACUUAUUAAACAGAAGGUGCAUUUAUUCAGACCUGAGCAGUUCUGGAAGCACUUCUAAGAGGUGGAGAAUAAGGGGAGAAGGGCCCUAGGCAGCACCAGCAAUAUUUUGGCAAAUGGCUUUAGGCUGAAAGCAGUGAAAUUUUGAGAGUGGUAAGCAAUGAGCCUGGAGAGGCAAGAAGGGCCCAGAUUGUGUAGUUGUCUGGAUUUUAUCCAUGUACAGUGAAGAGGGCUCCACUAGGAAGUGACCAAGUCACAUUUGUAUUGAAUGUUUUGGCUUCAGUGUAGAAGGUGGACUGACAGAUCAAGACAGGGACCAGUUGGGUUAUUAUAUUAUCUAGGUAAGAGAUAAUGGUGGCAUGAAAAAGGAUGAUAACUGGAUGGGGGUAUAAAAUAGAAACUUGGUUGCCAGUCUGAAGGACAAAAUAUUAGAAAGGAUGGUUUCCAAAAUUUCCCUAUUGGCAAUAUUAUUCAUUCUUGGAAGGCAACUUUCAGUAUUUGAUGGGAGUAGCUAAUAUUUAUAAGACUUCAUUCAAGUAUAUUCUUAUUUUUCAUGGUAUAGUAGACGUUUGUGGCCUUUCUUUUUUGUUUAAUAUUCAUUUCCUUAUCUACCCUGACAUCCUUCUGAGAAACAGCCUCUGUCAUGGCACACAUCAUGCCCAUCAGAUGUGCCCUCUCCGGAACUUGAAUUUUUAGCAGACAUUCUCCUGGGCUCCUAACCUGGGUCUGCUAUAAAUGAGACCGUAUUCUAGCCUCUAGAGUUGCCUUGGUUCCAGUACAGCUCCCUAGUUACCUGUGGAUUCUGUGAGCUCUUCUGAAAAUCUUCCAGUGAGUUUCCUUCUGCAUAAAUUGGCCAGAGUAGUAUUCUUUCUUGCAACCUUACAUGGCACAUCCACAGCAAUCUGUAAGUUUCUUCCUUAUAGGACACAUUAAAUAUAAGGCUCUAAAGCACCGUUGUAUGGGUAAGAGUGUGAAUAUUUGACAAAAGCAAAACCUUCUUUUUAGAGCUCCUCCUGUUAAAUAUUAAGCUUAUUUCUAAGCAAUAAGGGGGGAAUUUCAUUAUGUGUGUUAUACAGCAGAAGAAAGCAGAAUAUCAUGCUGGUAAGAGCUUGGAAACGAGACAGCCUGGGUUCACACCCUGGAUUACAAUCAUUUUCCCAGGCAAAUCACUAAUCUCACAGAGCUUCAGCUUCCUCACACAGUUAAUAAUACUUGUCUCACAGAACUAUUUUGAAGAUUAAACUAAUUAAUACAUGAAAAAUAC